AUAAAACCGGUGGGAAAAAACACAGUCAAGAGAGAGAGAGGGAUAGAAAGGCGAGAAGGGGGUUUAUUAUCUUCAAUGGCGCCCACUGAAAGCUUCCUGUAAAUUGUAAUCCCUUGACUGGUAUUCUAUUUAUACAUAUAUUGGUAUAAUAUAUAUUGUAGAGAGAGAGACUGAUAGUAUCUGUAUUUACGAGGUUCACACUAUAUAUAUUGUAGAGAGAGAGAGAGAGAGAGAGAGAGAGAGAGAGAGAGACAGUUUUGUUUCGUCUUCUUUGUGUGGUAUUAUUAUAUACAUAUUCUCUCUAUGCGUUUCUUUGUCUAAAAGGAGAGAGGGAAAGAGGGAGAAGACACAUAGAGAAGGGAAGAGAUGAUGAGCUGGAGAAGAGUAUUGAAGUCUGUACAGGCACUAGCAGCGCAUAGCCUUCUCUUCUCAUUCACGCUCUUGCUCGUUCUCAAGCUCGACCAUAUCGUGUCCUAUUCUUGGUGGCUAAUAUUUUUCCCACUUUGGAUGUUUCACGCUGUUGUUGCCCGCGGGAGAUUCUCUUUGCCUGCUCCAUCUGUUCCUCAUAAUCGUCAUUGGGCACCUUGCCAUGCCGUUGUGGCGACACCACUGCUUAUUGCAUUUGAACUGCUACUUUGUAUAUAUCUUGAGAGCAUAUACGUUUAUGAUUUUGCUGCUGUGACCUUGAAGAUUGUCUUUCUUCCCCUCUUGGCACUUGAAAUCAUUAUUCUGAUUGAUAAUUUCAGAAUGUGCCGGGCUUUAAUGCCUGGUGAUGAAGAAAGCAUGAGUGAUGAAGCAAUAUGGGAGACACUGCCUCACUUUUGGGUUGCAAUUUCCAUGGUCUUCUUUGUGGCUGCCACAGUCUUCACCUUCCUAAAACUAUGCGGUGAUGUAGGUGCUCUUGGUUGGUGGGACUUAUUCAUAAACUUUGGUAUUGCAGAGUGCUUUGCUUUUCUUGUUUGUACAAAGUGGUCAAAUCCGGUGAUUCACAGAAAUUCUCGUACAAGAGAAGCUAGUUCAUCCUCUACAACUGUUAGAUAUCUGGACUGGAACAGUGGCUUAAUAGUCUCACCAGAGGAGCAUCAACACCAGGACAGGUUGUGUGGUUUGCAAGAUAUUGGUGGGCAUAUUAUGAAAAUUCCUGUGAUUGCAUUCCAAGUCCUCCUUUGUAUGCGUCUAGAGGGAACACCUCCUCGCGCUAGAGAUAUACCAAUUCCUGUUCUCUUCUCGCCUCUUUUCCUGUUGCAAAGUGCUGGUGUACUAUUUGCUGCAUCUAAGUUAAUAGAGAAAAUAGUACUUCUGCUUCGGAGUGAAGCUGGUACAGGAAUGUAUUUUAGGUUUUCUUCGAGAGUUCAUGAUUGCUUGGGUUUCUUGCAUCAUGGUUCUAGAUUACUGGGUUGGUGGUCAAUUGAUGAAGGAAGUAGGGAGGAGCAAGCCAGGCUUUUCCAUGAGGGCUCUUCUGGGUUAGUAGAGAAAGUGCUAUGUAGGGUUUGUUUUGAGGGAGAGAUCAGUGUUGUCCUUCUUCCGUGUAGGCAUCGAAUUCUUUGCAGCAAAUGCUGUGAGAAGUGUAAAAAAUGCCCAAUCUGCCGUGUCUCGAUUGAGGAGAGAUUACCUGUAUUUGAUGUUUAAUGUAUUGCCCUUUGCCGUUUUUGUAAGAAAUGAAGUUCAGAGAAGAGUCAAAGUAACUUCUUAGGUAUAUAGGUUUUGCCCAUACUGUUAAGCUAAUGGUGUUUGGUGGUUCCAACUGACGGACAACAUAGCACUGGAGAGAGAGAGAGAGAGCGAGUACAGCUGCUAAAGUUCUUACUAUAACUGGUUAGCCUUUUACUUUCACUAGUUAGAAACUGUAAAUAUACAAGCUUUUAUAUCUAUAGAAAGAAAAAAGGUGCCUUUUUUGCUCUGGGAUUUUAAGUUGUCUCUCUGUUUCCUUGCAUUGGCAUUGUGUGAGGUUGUGUUAAAACUGACACAAAAAUUUAGCUUUGUAAAGAUUUAAUUAGAUGUACGAAGGUAAUACCCUCGUUCUGGUCCCAACUAGCCCUUUUUUCGGCUUAGUUGUUG